AUUUUGAAAACUUCUACAGUUCUCUUAUUGAACUGUUUGGAUAUUUUGUCCCAAAAUGCAGGUAAAUUUGUUUCAUCAUUGGAGCAACAAAUGAAGCAAGCGAAUUAUUCCAAGUGUUGAUCUCAAAGAAUACUGAAGUCCAGUCCAAAGUGCAUUCCACGAGUGGACACAUUUGAAAUUAUCAGUAAAAAGAAGUAAAAAGGGAUCAUGGAGUGUGAUUUGAAAAUAUCUAAUCCAGAAAUACUGGAUACGCUGAAUUUAGGAUGCGAGAGGUCCUACCCUACGCCCUAUUCGAAUUCUCCUCUCCUCCCUUUGCUCAUUCUCACUCUAAUGAGGCAAGGAAUCGCUCCAAGGACAGCGAAGACCUUUAAAAAAGAAUACGACUACAUCGUAGUGGGGGCUGGCGCUGGUGGUUCUGCUGUGGCGGCUCGUCUGUCCGAAGAACCUUGUGUGAAUGUCCUUCUUCUGGAAGCUGGAAAAGCGCCACCUGUUCUCACGGACAUUCCAGCAAUUGCGAGAUCUUUUAUAAAAUCCGAUAUAGAUUGGAAAUACUGUACAGUACCACAGAAAAACACUGGCAGGGCUCUCAUUAAUAGGCAAUCGUACUGGCCCAGUGGGAAAGCUCUUGGUGGAAGUAGUGUCUUCUCUGGAUUAAUUUAUGAAAGGGGCAACCGUAUGGGCUACGAUCACUGGGCAGCUCAGGGGGCAAAAGGUUGGAGUGCGAAUGAUGUACGCCCUUACUUUUUGAAGCUGGAAGACAACUGGGAUCUUGAUAUCCUGGCAAACGGAUUUCAUUCCAUCGGUGGCCCAGUAGCUGUUCAAAGACCAGGCUAUUGCUCAGAGAUAAAACAGCCUCUUUUUGAAGUAGCUCGACUGAUGGGUCUCAGAGUCGGAGAUUCAAACGGAGCACAACAGACAGGUUUCUCCGAUUUUCAAGGUCAUAUGGGAGGUGGACAACGAUGUAAUACUGCUGAGGAUUACCUGGUACCAGUUGAAAAUCGUACCAAUUUGGAUAUUCUGCCCAAUGCCCACGUGACAAAGGUGAUAAUGGAUGGCUGUCAAGCAGUCGGAGUUCAGUUUGAUCACAAAGGAUCUACUUUCAAGGUCAGGGCCAAGUGGGAAGUGAUUCUGUCCGCCGGUUCCACAAACACUCCGCAACUACUAAUGCUUUCUGGUAUAGGGCCGAAGGAACAUCUAGAAAAAUUGAAAAUUCCAGUCGUCGUAGAUUUGCCUGUAGGGAACAAUUUCCACGAUCAUCCUGCCUCUUUCCUACCCUUCCAGCUGGAUCCUGCGAUACUUACAGUUGAGAAAAAACUCACCAAUCUCAGAAAUCUUGAAGAAUAUAUUAGUAAUAGAACAGGUCCUCUCUCUUCAGCAAUGUUCAUAUCAACUUAUGCAUACUUGCCUGGGGAGAGCAGCUCUCCUCUUGAAGAUGAUCCUGCUUUCAGAUUGUUUUUUGCGGAGAUCUCUACAGAUUUCUGGACAAAACAGACGAACAUUAAACCAGAUGUCUAUAAAAAAUUUGCCGCAUGCUACGAUAACAUACCCAAGUACUUUUGUUUUGUCAAUGCUUUAAAGCCUAGAAGUCGAGGAACAAUACGACUCAAAUCCAAAAAUCCAUACGAUGCUCCACUGAUAGACCCAAAUUAUUUCGACGAUCCAAGGGAUAUUGCUGAUGUUGUAGAAGGUCUUAAGGUGUGCCAGAGGAUAGGAACUAGCGAGCCGAUGGCGAGAGUCGGAUCGAAACCUUUCGAGACUCUCCUCCCUGGUUGCGAGCACUGCGCAGGGGAUGAAGAUCGGUAUCUCGAGUGCUUGGCCAGGUCCCUCUUCAUGUCAUUACCACACGGAGUAGGAAGUGCCAAGAUGGGAGAUCCGAAUGACCCUUCUACAGUUGUGGACCCAGAACUGAGGGUGAAAGGUGUGAAAGGACUGAGGGUUGUAGAUGCCUCUAUUAUGCCCACUAUACCAGUGGGGAGCACAUACGUCCCGACAGUUAUGAUUGGCGAGAAAGCAGCGGACAUCAUCAAAGAAACGAUCUACUGCUCCAGUUAUUAA